AUGACGACUCACACGCUAGCAGGAUUGCCCAAGACUUCGACUUUUACCAAAUACAUCACUCCAGAUUUCAGAAUUCCGGAUGUUAAGACGGCAAAAGAUAACCAUGAUAACAUCAUCAGAAAACCAAGAAUCUUAAAAGACGGGGGGUUUUCAUGGACCUUACCUGAGGAAAGAAAGAGUUAUCAGUAUCUUACAUCAAGUGAUACGGGUUUGAAAGAUUUGGGUUUGGAUCCUGAACAAGUUCAUGACCCGGAGUAUCAAAAGAUUGUCAGUGGUGAAAUUUAUAAGGAGAACCCAGAAUUCUUGAAGCAAAAUCCUUUCCCAUACUCUCAAGCAUAUGCUGGUUGGCAAUUCGGUCAAUUUGCAGGUCAAUUGGGUGAUGGUAGAGUUCAUAAUUUGUUUGAAAUUCCUAAAAAUUUCAAUGAUCGAACUAACCGAAAUAAGUUUGAAUUCCAAUUAAAAGGUUCUGGAAUGACUCCUUAUUCCAGAUUCGCCGAUGGUAAAGCAGUAUUGAGAUCCUCAAUUCGUGAAUAUAUCAUAUCUGAGCAUUUAAAUGCUGUUGGGAUUCCUUCCACAAGAGCACUUUCUUUAACUUAUUUACCCCAAACUUUUGCUCAACGUCAUGCCGCUGAAAAAUGUGCUAUUGUUUCUAGGUUUGCUGAGUCUUGGAUCAGAUUAGGAAGCUUUGAUUUAUAUAGAUGGAGAGGUGACCGUAAAGGUGUUAGACAAUUGUCAGAUUAUGUUAUUAAUGAAUUGUUUACAAUUAAUAGAGAACAAUUCCAUCAUUUAUCAAAAAUUUUAGAUUCUAAAAAUGAUUUUUUUGAAAAUUCAAAAACAACAAUUGGUGAAUUAACUAAUUAUGAUAAAAUGUAUUUGGAAAUAAUUAUUAGAAAUGCUAUCACCACUGCUAAAUGGCAAUGUUAUGGAUUCUUAAAUGGGGUUUUAAAUACUGAUAAUACCUCAGUAUUGGGUUUAUCAAUUGAUUUUGGUCCCUUUUCAAUAAUGGAUAAAUAUGAUCCAAAUUAUACUCCAAAUUCUGAAGAUCAUGAACAUAGAUAUGGUUAUGCAAAUACACCAACCGCCAUAUGGUGGAAUUUAACAAGAUUAGGUGAAGAUUUAGCUGAAUUGAUUGGAGGUGGUUCAAAGUUGGUUAAUGAUGAUUAUUUUGUAAACACCGGUAUUAAACCUGAAUGGGAAGAUCGUAUUAUUACAAGAGCUACAAAAAUAAUUGAAGCUGGUGGUGAAAUAUAUAAAUAUGCUUUUACUAAAACAUAUGUGGAAACUCUUUUUAGCAGAUUAGGGUUAUCCUCAAAAUUGAUCAAUAUUGAAAAUCCAGAUGAACAAAAUGCUGAUUUAAUAGAUCCAAUGUUAGACAUGUUAUACAAAGUUCAAUGUGAUUAUAAUAAGUUUUUUUUAAUUUUACAUUCAAUAGACUUAGAUGGUGGAUCAUUUGACUCGUCUAGAGUGGCAGAAUCUAUUUUAUUACCAACAUUUAACAAGCAAACAUCAAAAUAUGAUCAAAAAGAAUUAACCGAAGAAAUUUCAAAAUGGUUGGAUACUUAUAAAAAAUAUUUAACAAAAUCAGAAAGAAGUGAACCCGGUUUAAGAAAAUCAUUGGCUGCAAAAUCAAAUCCAUUAUUCUUACCAAGAAAUUGGAUUUUAGACCAAGUUAUUCAAUAUACUCAAGAUUCAAAUGCCGAAGAUUUGAGUUAUUUGAAAAAAUUAGAAAAAAUGAGUUUCCAUCCAUACGAUAAAUCAAAAUGGGGUAAUGAAUUGAAAGAAGUUGAAUCAACUUGGUUAUUACAAAGUGACAUGGGUGAUGAUUAUUCAAUGCUUCAAUGUAGUUGUUCCAGUUAG